AUGUCGCAAUCACGAGACCGGCCCCACGAGCCUAUAGGCUUACGUUUCGAGAGGAGGAUUAGCCAGCUGGAAAGAGAGCGGGAAGCUGAAGCGGUGGCUCGCAAGGAGGCCAAGGUGAAAGCCUUACAGCAAGAUGUGACGCUUGAUAUCGAAGGGAAGAGAGCCGAGUUACCGUCGCAAAGUUUGACAUCGAACAGCUCGAAGGAAUUAAGCAGCCGGUAUCGGCGACCGAAAGUAGAGGUUGAAGAUGAAGAUGAACAACUUUCCAAUAGGCAAUUGAAUGGAGAACCUGUACAGACCUCAAGUGUAAGAGCCAGUGCCAUGCUCACUCCACCGCUCUACCCACAUUCGUCCGAUACUGGCAAUGCACAAGAACUUGAUGCUCGCUAUCCGCUCAAUACUAUCCAAACGUUGAACUCUCGGCUUGAACGAGAGGAGAGAAGGGUCACAGAGCUCGAGCAAGAGUUGGGACGUGCAAAGGCACAGCUAGAGCAUUACAUUGCAGACCAGAAUUCGAUCCAUCUGCUGCGGAUACAAGCCGUGGUAGCUAAUGAUAAGGAUGAGAUCGCGAGGCUCAAAGAACAGGUGGCAGAGCUAAGCAUUCUUGUCGAAAGUUCCCGCAACGAUGUUUCAAGACUCCAAGAGGAGCUCAGACAAAAAGAUCGUUUGGUAGAUGAGCUGAGAGCGGAGGUCAGACAGAAAGCCGAAGAGCUUCACAGGACAAGUCUGCCAGUCAAAGCUCAUAAAGAUCGUCGGAGAUCAGAAAACCAAGUGAGGCCUGGUUGUUCUAGAUUGCGGUUAGAGAGGAACAGCGAUGGCAUCAGGAUCAAGAGAAAUGAGACUAUAUUGCCCAUAGCUAACAGCGUGACUUUUCCAUUGACUUGA